AUGUUGGCGCCGAAAAUAAAAUAAAGAGAUGUCCCGCAAGUGACGCAGUCAUCAAUGUCAUUCUGUUCUUUCCACCUUUUUGCUGACGGUGGUGUGGUGUGCUAUUCUCAAUAAGCCGUCAAUAAAUUAUAGCUAAGAAUUCAGCAUGUUUUCAUCUCUUUUUCCCAAAGUUUGGUGUCAGGCGGCUGAAAGCACACCAGAACCAGCAGCACCUCAACAAGGUCUUGUUAAGUCUUUAGUCGCCGGAAGACAGAUUGCCGCCGCAGCCGUAGUUGAAGGUGACAGCUGUGAAUUUGGUUCAUUAAAGUACUUUGCCCUUUGUGGUUUGGGAGGUAUUCUGUCAUGUGGAAUUACUCAUACAGCUGUAGUUCCUUUGGAUCUUGUUAAAUGUCGUAUCCAAGUCGACCCUGCUAAAUAUAAAUCUGUAUUUAACGGGUUCAAAGUCACUCUUGCGGAAGAUGGCGCCAGAGGAUUGGCCAAAGGUUGGGCACCUACCUUCUUUGGAUAUUCUGCCCAGGGUUUAUGCAAGUUUGGCUUGUAUGAAGUCUUUAAAGUAUUUUACACCGAUGUUAUUGGAGAAGAAAACGCAUUCUUGUACCGUACAUGGCUUUACCUCAGUGCCUCAGCUUCUGCUGAGUUCUUUGCUGAUAUUGCUUUGUCUCCUAUGGAGGCUGCUAAGGUCAAAAUUCAGACUACGCCCGGAUUUGCUAACACCUUGAGGGAGGCUUGGCCUAGGAUUUAUAGAGAAGAAGGGAUGAAUGGUUUCUACAAAUCCCUUGUGCCACUUUGGAUGAGGCAAAUCCCAUACACCAUGAUGAAAUUCGCCUGCUUUGAACGUACUGUUGAAUUGUUAUACAAACACGUCGUUCCUAAACCAAGGGCCGAGUGUUCCAAAGGUGAACAGCUUGUUGUCACAUUUGCUGCUGGUUACAUUGCUGGUGUAUUCUGCGCUAUCGUAUCUCACCCUGCUGAUACAGUCGUCAGUAAAUUGAAUCAAGAAAAGGGAUCCACAGCCCUUGAAGCCGCCAAGAAAUUAGGUAUGGCUGGUUUGUGGAAGGGUCUAACUCCCAGGAUAGUCAUGAUUGGUACCCUCACCGCCCUACAGUGGUUUAUCUAUGACGCUUUCAAGGUUGCUAUGCGUAUGCCACGUCCACCACCACCAGAAAUGCCCGAAUCAUUGAAGAAAAAGCUGGCAGCCCAAGGAAAAUUGUGAAUGAGUCGAUAGAAAUAGACAAAUUUAUUUAAAUUUUUACGUAAUUAUUUAAAUUAAAAAUUCCAUUAUAAGUCAUAA